AUGGUAAUAAAGCUUAAAAAGAACACUUUUAGACUGGAUGUUUACCAAGUCCAAAGCAGACAACUCUUCGUCCUUUUAUAUGAAUCAGAGGCAAGUAAUUUUUUACUUGGAAUUGAAUUAAGGAGGUAUGAAUCAGGAAUGCAUCUCACUCAGGUUAAGUACAUAAAAGACUUGUUGAAAAGGUUUAAUUUUGAGCACCUUAAACCAUGUGCAACGCCCAUGAAAGUAGGCAAGUACAUCUCCAAGAAUAAAGGUGAGAAAAUGGUAUAUUCAUUCUUAUAUAGAAGUGCAAUAGGUGGACUUCAGUACCUAGGACAUACGCGACCUGAUAUAAGUUUUGCAGUAAAUAAGUUGAGUGUCAAUUUCUACAAACUCUUUCAGAGACUCAUUGGAAUGAGUGACAUAAUGGACAUCACAGGGUUUGCUGAUGCGGAUUGGGCGUCGUGUCUUGAUGACAGAAGUUCAACAGUCGGCUACUGUGUUUAUUUGGGAGAUACCUUGGUGGCCUGGUCUUCAAAGAAACAACAGGUGGUAGGGAGAUCAAGUGCUGAAUCAGAGUACAGAGCACUAGCACAAGCCUUUGCUGAAAUCACUUGGGUUGAGUCGUUGCUUAAAGAAAUUAAGCUAUAG